UAAAGUUGCCACGCUAAUUCAAUCGUAUGUGAAGUGAAAACAAAUUCAAACAAAUAUUUUUAAAUCUAGGAAAAAUUCAAGGAAAUUUCACUGCUGCCUGUUCUCGAGAUAUGCUUCGAAGUUUGUCGAAUGUGACAGAGAGCUUAGUCCUGGAAAAAGUCGUUCGUCGUGAGCAAAAUUAAAAAUUCCACGAAGAGCAGCAGCAACAACAACAACAAAAAAUGUUUAGUCAAGACUUACGGGCCGUAAUUCGGAAUACGUCGACAUUUGUGAAAUUUGUUUGUGUAUCAUGUACUUGCGGGUAUCUCUUGUCCUUCAUGGAGGACUCGGUGACAGUAAUGAGUGUGACGCCCGGAUACUUAAGUCCUCCCAAUUUCUGGAUAUGGACCUUGUUUACAUUUUGGACGUUGGAAGUGCAUUUCCUCUCGUUCCUAGCCGACAUACUGACGGUUCUCUUUUGCGGAAAACUGAUUGAACCGCUGUGGAAGAGUCUCGAAAUGUGGAAAUUCUUCGCGAUAGUCAAUACAUUUGUGGCUAUACUCUCGUCAGGUUACAGUUUAUUCUAUUCAAUGAUCACGCAAAAUUCCGAGCAUUUAUACGACACACACAUCUACGGCUUGGCUGGAUAUAUUGCCGCUGUGGCAGUUGCUGUUCGACAAAUUUUACCGGACCACCUGAUUGCGAAGACACCAAUUGGUCGAUUCACGAAUCGUAGCGUCCCGUUAGCGGCCUUAAUUUUAAUUAUUCUCCUUUGGAGUGUUGGCUUAAUGAAUGGACAAACGCCUGUGAUGUUCGCCUCGGGAAUUUUUGUUUCGUGGAUCUACUUGAGGUUCUACCAGAAACACUCGCGCGGCGGAUCAAGAGGGGAUGGCGCCGAAAAUUUCACAUUUGCUUCGUUCUUUCCCACAAUCAUGCAGCCGGCAAUCAAUGUCAUUGCAACUCCCGUAUACAACUUGUGCUUACGUCUGAGUAUCAUUCAAAAGUUUGCGCCACCAAGUGAGACAGCAAGCUUGGAUUCUGUUAAUAUCACGUAUCCACAUGACAUUGAAAGAAGAAGACAAAUUGCCUUGAAAGCCCUUAAUGAACGCCUGUCAAAAUCAAGUCCCGAUGCUAGUCGACUACCCAAGUCUUUUCCGCAUACGUCCAAAUUGCAACAACAACAAUUUCAGCAAAUGCACCAAACUCUCAUGCAAAAUCAGUUUUUCCCCCCAGCAAUUGCAUUACCGCCUCCCUCGGCAAGCAGUUCAGAGCCUGUUGCGGGACCUUCAGCCUCACCGUCAUCGCAUCAAGAUAGGAAUGUAAUGUCAGGAUCUUCAAUUAGCCAUUCCUCGUCAAUGAAUACAUCUCUCUUAAAUGACGCAGAAAUUAUCAAUAUUGACGAAGCUUCGCCGAUUAAAUAAACAUUUAAAAUUUAGAAUCAGUUGUAGUUAUGACGAGUUGUUUAAAGUUAUGUAAAUAAACAA